AUGGAUGCCAAGAGCCACUACGUGCACCAGGCCCAUCAUGGUCGCACGUAUCAAGAGGCCCACAAAUCCCGGCAGGAAGCUGUCACAAAGCCGCUGCGUGAAUAUCACAAUGAUGUCAAGAAUCGCUUGAUCCAUCGCUUCUCGCGGGAGGUGGAGGAUCACCUUGAUCUCGCCUGUGGCCGAGGUGGUGACGCCUGGAAAUGGGUGGGCGCUCGAAUCCACCAUGUGCUUGGUGUUGACAUUGCCCCCUCUCUACUGGAUGAUGCCCGCGAGCGCAUCGACAUUAUUCGCCAAAAAAAGCCAGAUCAUGACUUGACUGCCGAGUUCAUGGAGUCGGAUGCGCUCGGCAAGCACGACAUUGAAUGGGGCCAAACCUUUGAUACGGUCUCCUGCAUGUUUGCCGCACAUUAUCUCUUCGAGUCAAAAGAAUCAGCCAAUCAGUUUUUUGAGAACGCGGCCGCUGCGCUCAAGGAAGGGGGUUAUUUCUAUGGCACAACCAUUUGUGCGAAGCGCGUAUUGGCAUUGUUGGGCAAAGAGAAGGAAUACCGCAACAGCGUGCUACUCAUCAAGGCGCUAUGGGACCAGCCGUCAAAGUUUGGAUCUGGCUAUACCUUUGCUCUCGCCAAUACGGUAACAAACCAUAGUGACGAGGCGGAUGACGUGGAGGGCGGCGCGACCGAGUAUCUGACCUUCUUCAGCGUGUUCACCAAGCUGGCGGAGCGCCACGGCCUGUAUCCCGUGAGGGACCUGAACUGGUCCUUUGGUCGCAAUAAGCGAUCGAGGCGCGACACUCUGUUUGAGCGCGAGCCCGCUGAUCAUCAGGAGGCCUUUCGCUACUUUCAGCCUCAAUUUUGUGCACACCCAAACUCACAGGAACAAGGCGAUGCAGCAGAGGCUGACAACGGCCUUCUCUCCGACCUGGAAAAGGCCAGCCGCUUGUACGCUGCCUUUGUUUUCCAAAAGGACACGUCACGCAUGAAGCGGUCGGCCAGCGAUGACGGGCAACCUGUAGCCCAACGGGCCAAGCUUAACGCUUAG